AUGCAGCUCCAGCGCCGUCCGCGUGAGUCCCUCGCCCCCGAACAGCUUCGUGAGUGGUACGCUAGUCGGGGUUGUAGGGGUGGCCGCGCUGCGACUACUGCUAUUGCUACUGCUGCUACUACUGCGGCUACCACUGCUCCUGCUGCUCCUGGCGGUGGCCAGAUGCAGCUCCAGCGACGUCCGCGUAAGUCCCUCACGCCCCAGCAGCUUCGUGAGUGGUACGCUACUUGGGGUUGUCGGUGUGGCCGUAGUGGGAGUCGUCCUGGAGUGAGUAGUUCGGCAGCUGCUUGUAGUGGCCAGGUGCAGCUGCAGCGUCGUCCGUGCGCGGUCCUUUCACCCCAGCAGCUUCGUGAGUGGUACGCUCAGCGUGACGGGUCACGGGGUACUGCUCGCUGUCCGUACGUCAUUCGCACUGGUGCUCGGACUGGUCAGCCUUGCGGGACGUUUGGUCACGCAGAGUCCCGCUGCUUCGCCCGUCUGAGCGACGCCUGGCGUACGGAGUUUGGCGACGCGGCUGAGCUCCCCGACUGGGUGGAGCUGCUUAGGCUGAGGGUAGAUAUCUAUACUCUUGACUAUGAUGCUAUCCUCACUGCCAUGUAUGCAUUGCCUACUAGUGAUGAGGGUGACUGUUACCUGUGUGUUCCGCCUGACCCGGGCAUUGAGACUGCUGCUCUAGGUGCUGGUGAGGCUGCUGCUCUAGGUGCUGGUGAGGCUGCUGCUCUAGGUGCUAGUGAGUCUUCUGCCCCAGGUGCUGGUGAGUCUGCUCUCUCAGGUACCACGUCGGCUCAGGCCUCCCACACCUUCACCCUUGACUCGGGUGCUUCCCGCUCCUUCUUUCGAGACCGCACCACACUCACGCCGCUUAGUCGGCCAGUUGCGGUCUCCCUGGCAGACCCCUCUGGGGGUCCUGUCCUUGCCCACUUCUCCACUGUUCUACCGUGUCCGGCGGCCCCUUCUGGCACCCUGUCGGGUCUUUACCUCCCCUCGUUCUCUACGAACUUGGUGAGUGGUGCUGACCUCCAGGAUGGAGGGGUUCACCAGUUCACUCCUGCGAGUCAGCGAGUGACCCACUGUACCUGUGCUCGGACGGGCCGUCACUUGGCCACGUUUACCCGUCAGCCGGGGUCGAGCCUGUACACAAUGACUACUGAGUCUCCUCCGGUCGCUGAGUUUGCUCAGGUAGCCGCGUCGGGUCAGGUGUUUGCUGCGGCGUCCAGGUCUGGUCCUGAGUCUGCCCCCUGCUCGUGUCGUCUCCUGUCUCACCAGACUCUCCUAUGGCACCACCGCCUUGGUCACCCCUCCCUGCCUCGUCUUCGAGGCAUGGCCUCCCGUGUCCUUGUCUCUGGUCUCCCCCGGUCCCUCCCUCCCCUUCCUCCGGGGCCUGCCCCCACCUGCGUUCCCUGCGUCGAGGGGCGGCAGCGCGCUGCUCCUCACUCCUCCGAGUUUCCUCCGACAGAGGCUCCGCUGCAGACGCUUCACAUGGACGUGUGGGGCCCAGCCCGCGUCCGUGGACAGGGUCACGAGCGUUACUUCCUGCUGGUGGUUGACGACUACUCGCGUUACACCGCAAUCUUCCCCUUGCGCAGCAAGGGUGAGGUCACUGAGGUGUUGAUCGCCUGGAUCCGCGCAGCUCGUCUCCUGCUCAGAGAGAGUUUCGGCUCGGACUUUCCUGUUCUGCGUCUGCACUCUGACAGAGGCGGAGAAUUCUCCUCUGACCUUCUGCGAGCCUUCUGUCGUGCACGAGGCAUCCGCCAGACCUUCACGCUUCCGGACUCUCCGCAGCAAAAUGGGAUUGCUGAGCGCCGCAUUGGCAUGGUCAUGGACGUCGCUCGUACGUCCAUGGUCCAUGCGGCUGCCCCCCAUUUUCUGUGGCCGUUUGCGGUUCGGUACGCGGCGCUUCAGAUCAACCUUCAGCCCCGGGUCUCCAUGCCGGAGACCUCCCCUGCUUUGCUGUGGACGGGUAAGGUUGGCGAUGCGUCUGCGUUCUGUGUCUGGGGAUCUCGGGCGUUUGUCCACGACUUGUCUGCGGACAAGCUGUCCCCUCGUGCUGUUCCCUGCGUCUUCCUUGGCUUCCCCCCUGACGCGCCGGGCUGGCAGUUCUACCACCCCACCUCGCGCCGUGUUCUGUCCUCCCAGGACGUCACGUUUGACGAGUCGGUUCCCUACUACCGUCUCUUCCCCUACCGCACUGCGUCCCUCCCCCCCCCGUCGCUCUUCCUUACGCCAGGUCCCCCUCCGGUAGACCCCCUCCCCCCUCAGGGUCCUGCCCCCUCAGGUGUGUCUCAGGUAGACGCAGUCGAGCCGGUCGAGGUAGCUGUUGACUCUGGUGCUGCUAGGGGUGCUGAGCCUGCGGGUGCUGGGUCUGGGGGUGCUGACUCUGGGGGUGCUGAGCCUGGGGGUGCUGACUCUGGGAGUGCUGAGCCUGGGGGUGCUACGCUUGGGGGUGCUGCGUCUGGGGGUGCUGAGCCUGGGGGUGCUGCGUCUGGGGGUGCGGAGUCUGAGGGUACUGGACCUGCUCGUGUGGCAUCUGGCGGUGCUGGGCCUGGAGGUUCUGCUGCUGCUGAGGGUGCUGGUGCCGCGGGUCCCGGAGGUGCUUGUACUGGGAGUACUGGAGCUGCUGGGCCUGUGGGUGCUUCUCGUACUGGAGCUGGUGGUGCUGCGGGCGUCGGUGCUACUGAGGGUGCUGGAGCUGGACCCGCUGCGUCUUCUGGUGGUCCGGCUGGAGCUGGAGCUGCUGGGGGUGUUGGCGGUGGAGGUGCUGCUGGUGCUGGUGCUUCUGAGGGUGCUGGUGUUGGUGCUGCUGGAGUUGGUGCUGCUGGCGCGGCUGGAGCUGGGGGGGCUACUGGAGCUGGAGCUGCUGGCGCUGCUGGAGCUGGGGGUGCUACUAGAGCUGGUGCUGCCGUUCGUGGUGCUGGCGCUGUUCCUGCUGGUUUUGGAGGUGCUGCACGGCCGCGGCCGUACUUCGUUCCGCUCCUUGAGCAGGUUCUUGGUCUUGCGCCCUCUACUAGUCCUGCUCCUCUCUUAGAGUGUCCGCCGCCUCUCCAGUCUGAGUCACAGUUACAGCCAGCCUCCCCACUGCCUGCUCCUUCUCCCUACACCGGUCCUACUGGGGGUCUUGCUGAGCGUCGUGAGCCUGCGUCUCGUCCUGCGUCGCCUGUCCGUGCUGCUCGCACUAGUGGUCGUGGUUCGCGUCCGCGUCCUCCCCCUGUCCCCGGCACGCACCGGAUGUCUCUGCGUCCUUCCACUGCUCCGCUGCGUGCCCCUUUGCCUUCUCCUCCUGAGUCCUCUCUUCCUGCUCUUGCUGACCCAGAGUCGGACUCCCUUCGUGCUGCCAGUCCUACUGUCACGCGUCUCCUUGCUACUGUCGUCACUGACCCUUCCUUCGAGUCCACUGCUGCGUCUGCCUUAGUUUCUGAGCUUGUCGACUUUGCUGCUCGCUGUCGUCUAGACUACGCUGCUAGUCUUGUCGCUGAGUCUGAGUCUGUCUGUCCUCCGUCCGUCGGGGGUGAGUGUGCCCUUGGCACGGACGUCCUUGAGGACAGGCAGGAGGAGUUCCAGUGCUUUGCUGCUGCUUCACCUCAUCUCGUGUCCAUGCUGCUGGCCCCUGAGGGAGACCCGGAUGCACCAGACAUCCCGACUCCGCGCUCUUACGCGGAGGCGAUAGAGGGUCCCUAUUCCUCUCAGUGGCAGGCAGCCAUGGACGCAGAGAUGGCUUCCUGGAAGUCCACAGGCACCUACGUCGACGAGGUUCCCCCACCUGGGGCGAACAUCGUCAGUGGCAUGUGGAUUUUCAGGGUGAAGCGGCCGCCGGGUUCUCCGCCUGUCUUCAAGGCGCGUUACGUGGCUCGAGGCUUCAGUCAGCGGCAGGGAGUUGACUACUUUCAUACCUUCUCUCCCACCCCGAAGAUGACCACUCUUCGGGUGCUACUGCACAUAGCCGCUCAGCGCGACUACGAGCUUCACUCUCUUGACUUCAGCACUGCUUUCCUACAGGGUAGCGUGCACGAGGAGAUCUGGCUGCGCCGCCCACCUGGCUUCACUGGGUCUUUUCCUCCUGGCACCCAGUGGAGCCUCCGGCGGCCAGUCUACGGUCUCCGCCAGGCACCUCGUGAGUGGCACGACACACUGAGGACUACACUUGCGGCUCUUGGGUUUGCUCCUUCUACUGCUGACCCGUCGCUGUUUCUGCGCACCGACACCUCUUUGCCGCCGUUCUACAUCCUCGUGUACGUCGACGACUUGGUCUUUGCCACAGCUGACACUGCUGGACUCGCCCACGUGAAGUCCGAGCUGCAGAAGAGACACACGUGCACAGACCUGGGUGAACUGCGCAGCUACCUUGGCUUGCAGAUCACCCGGGACAGAGCAUAG